AUGGCUAGGUUGAAGUAUGAUGUUCCGCUGUUAGAUUGCAAUACAAGGUUUUCAUUAUGGCAAGUAAAGAUGAGGGCUAUUUUAGCACAGUUGGAUUUGGAUUAUGCGUUGCUGGGUAUUGAGAGGAUGCCAGCUGGUUGGAUAGCGGAGGAGAAACAAUGGAAGGAUCAAAAGGCCGAUGUCUUGAAGGAGAAAAUGGAGGCUGCUUUGUGGUUGACGUUGGAACAGUUGUGUAUGAUUAAGAGUCUUACAAGUAAACUAGCUCUCAAGCAGAAGCUGUAUUCACAUCGCAUGGCAGAAGGAGGGUCGUUGGAAGACUAUGUUGCCAUGCUCAAGGAAAUAGUUGCAGAUCUGGAGACAUUGGAGGUUAAGUACGAUGAAGAGGAUGUUGCCUUGAUCCAGUUGUGUUCGCUGCCUGGAUCUUAUGCGUCAUUUCGGGAUACUAUCAUAUAUAGUUGA